CUGCGGCUUUCUUUCUUGAGAUGAUGUACCUCCCAAACGACCACUGGUCCCCACGAUAUGAUUCAGCUUUCUAUACCGUGAAAGUUGAAGGCAAGCAACACUUUAUAAAACCGCCACAAAACAUCCCGAGAAAACUUGCCGGAAAAUCGGGACCGGCAUACUAUUACCGUGUUGUUGUCUACUGCGAACACAAUAGAAGAAUUCUGCUACGAAGGUAUUCCCAUUUUAAGUGGUUAUUCGAAGCGAUUCAAGAAAACCCUCCUACUGAGCCACAAGUUCCGGGCGCCGCUAUGAUAAAGUUGCCUCCAGGGACGUGUCCUUUCCAGCGACAAGAUGAAGACUUUGCUAAAAUACGUAUGGAGGAGUUGUCUGAUUUUCUGCAGGAACUGUUGGCGCGCCCGGGAUACGCAUCGCAUGCGGCGGUUGUAGCUUUCUUGGAGCUCGGAAGUUCAAUCGACGUAGCAGCAUGA